CCCCCCCUCAGAAAAACAAAAUUGUUUUCCAAGUGUUCAUAUGAUUUUCCGAGUCAUUCACGGCGUGAGUCUCUUUGUCUUCUCCCUUCUUCUUCUUCUUCUUCUUCACCUUCAAAAACCCCUCAAAACGAACCAUUUCAAGCUGACUCUGAGCUGAAACAAAAUGAAGAAACUAAAGACUUAUUACAUGCAAAUACGACACAACAAUACUCACCAAACGACAGUCGAAAGAAAAUGGAUUUUCCCUCUGGCAAUCGGCUCAAUAGUCUCUUUGUUCCUCCUCUUUCUCACCACUUUAACUUCACCAGACGGCACUCCGUUUCUGCCUUUUUAUCGUUCAAUUUCGUUUUCUGGGUCUUCAGUUUUUGUUGAAUCUAAACUUCAGACUAUUCCCAUUUUAAACCUCCCUCCGCCUCCGCGUUUCGCUUACAUGAUCUCUGGAUCUGUGGGCGACGGUAACAUGAUAAAACGCACUCUUUUGGCGCUGUAUCAUCCAAAUAAUGUUUAUGUUCUUCAUUUGGAUAGGGCGUCGUCUGAUGCCGAGCGUUUAGAUCUAAAGAACUUUGUCAAUGAGCACCCUUUAUUUGUGCAAUUUGGGAAUGUUAAGGUGAUUGCUAAGGCCAAUCUCGUGACUUAUAGAGGCCCGACAAUGGUAGCCAAUACGUUACAUGGGGCUGCUAUUUUGUUGAGGGAAGGUGGAGAAUGGGAUUGGUUUAUUAAUCUUAGUGCGUCUGAUUAUCCACUUGUGACUCAAGAUGAUCUCCUGCAUACGUUUUCCUAUUUGCCGAGGGAUCUGAAUUUCAUUGAUCAUACUAGUAAUAUUGGGUGGAAAGAGUUCCAGAGGGCGAAACCGAUAAUUGUAGAUCCAGGGUUGUAUAUGACAAAGAAAGCUGAUGUAUUUUGGGUUACACAGAAGAGGAGUGUACCAUCUGCAUUCAAACUCUUUACAGGUGCAAAUUUUAGCUUUUUUAAGUGGUUUUUGUUUAUGCAUAAAUACUCUUGUUUAUGUCUCUUACUAUGACUUAUUAUCUAUUUAUUUUGUACAUUGUUUGAAAUUUGUUUCGUUUUAAAUUUUCACUUGUGAACUUGUUUGUCAAUGUGAAGAUGAGAUUUUGAAAAAGUUGUCAAGAAAACUGGGAACUUAUGCAAGAUAAAUGGUUGAGAGCUGCUGAGUUGUGCAGGCGUUUUUUAGUUUACUGCCAUUGAUAAUUAU